AUGUUAGAGGUCGCAAUAGAAAAGCUUUCCGCGGCGGUUCCUCAACUAAAGGGCGUAGAGCCAACAGUCAAAAUGCAAAUUCCGACGACGAGCGGCCUAACCGUUGUGUCUUAUUUAUCGGAUAGAUUACGAUUCAUUCGUACAGAUAUUCACAACUCCAUACCUCCACCGGCCCAGCAGACAUCCACCCCAGCAAGAUACGAUACGGUUGUUCAAACGUUUGGCCUUUGCAGCGUACAAGACCCGGAGCGGGUGGUUCAAAACCUGGCCAGCUUGGUAAAGCCAGACACUGGAAGGAUCAUCCUCGUGGAGCACGGCAGAGGAUGGUGGGGUAUUGUCAAUGGUUUACUGGACAAGUCAGCCGCAUCCCACUUCCAGAAAUAUGGUUGUUGGUGGAAUCGAGAUAUUGCCGAAAUUGUCGAAAACACUGCCAAAUCGACGCCAGGUCUUGAAAUUGUCAAGAUAGAGCGCCCAUACCUGACCCAACUAGGAACCACCUUGUGGAUUGAACUGAGGGUAAGGAAGUCAGGGGAAUUCUAA